GAAAAUGAUUGCCGGUCGUCCACUGCUGUUUCUAUCGCUACCGAGUCUGGCGCUGAUUGUGGGCCUCGUUUGGUACCGCCGCAAGUUCAAGCCGGACGCCGGAGAUCGUGGUGGGGAAAAAAGCAAAGAAUGUGAAAGUCGAGCGAUCGUGUCGCGCGGUGUCAGCAUGGUGGAGCACGAGCCGGAUAUGCGGCAGUCUUCCUCGCUGCCCAUACUGCAGUCCGUCGUCAAUGGUGGCGAUGGUACGGAAAGUUGGGAAAAUUGUUCCGGUUCCGGUCAUUCGUCGGCCGGAUCGUCCCGUUCGGCACCGAUAGACAUCGUGCCGAACAAGAGCCCUACCAAGGGCGAUGACGCGGCUGAACUGUUGGGCCGUUCGCACCUGCUGCUCGCGGAUGAUGAUGAGGAGUGCAGCUUCAGCCCAUCAAUUGAUCUGCCCGGCUCGGUGGUUUCACGCUAUCCGAGCAAUCUGAGGAAGUUCAACCAAAUGAUGAUGGAACCGACCAAAGAACCGGUCAUCAUUCGUCCGACCAAAGCUGCAUCACUGCAGAGCGGUUACUUUCGCGUGCCGGAUGAGAAGGAAAAUGGAAAUGUUGAAUCUUCCCCACCACUGCAACAACAACAAACCCAGUGCAGCGAUAAUGAUCGGGUAAAUGGUAACAACAGUCUGGUGGUGGUCACAUCGCCUAACGAUAACACAAACGCUGAUGAUACCUUUGACCAGAAGCCGGAAACGUUCAAUGAACGCAACGAACAAACCGGAAGUCCACCGCUUAGCAUUUGCAGCGUGCGUUCCGAGGAUUCGGGCAAGGGUUCGAGCCCACCGCACUCGGUUGGACAGUCUGGGUCGAUGUACGAAUUUCUCGUGCCCGCCUUCUUGGUGGCCGGCAUGCUCGGCAAGGACGGUACGUUCGUGAAGCACGUGAAGAAGAUGACCGGCGCAAACGUGAUCAUCAAGCGAAAUCCGGACACACACAUUAGUAAAGUCUGCACGUUGGAGGGUACGGAGCAGGAAAUUCAGAACGCAUUAGCAGUGAUCCGGGACAAGUUUCCACUGAGGCGGUUUCCAACCCUUACCCUGCAGCGCGUUGAAAUUAGCCGCGUCGAAACGGUCAUCCCACUAUCGUUGAUGAAUGACACGUGUUCAAGCCUGCCGCUGGUCGAAGGUAUCAACAAUGACGUCGCAAUAAGCUGCAUCAUUACCGUAGGCCAUCUGUUCGUGCACCAGCCACUCCAUCCUACCCACCUGACGCUUAACAGUAUGCAGAACUCGCUGAAUCAAAGCUACACGCUCAACGAGGCGCCCGAACUGCCAGAGAUCGUACCGAAUGUGGUCUGUGUGGCGUUCGUCGCCAACAACUGGUACCGGGCGCAGGUCGUGCAGCACAUGACGGAAAGCAAUUUGGUUUUAGUGAAAUACCUGGACUACGGUGGCUUCUCGAUGCUGCCCCCACAUAGCCUACGUCAAAUCCGUACAGAUUUCAUCUCCGUACCGUUUCAAUCGAUAGAAUGUGUGCUGUCCAAUAUUGUGCCGAUUGAUGAAAGUUGGUCAGCGGAAGCUACUGCACUGUUCCGUAGGUUAACAAACAACGCUAUUAUGCAAGCACAAGUAGCGGGAUACACUGAUGCGGGUAUCCCUGAAAUUUACCUAUUUUCUUCAAUAGCAAAAGAUAAUGUAAUUUUCAUUAAUAAAGAAAUGGUUGCGCGCGGCUUCGCCAGAUGGAUUGACUGAACUGUGUUGAAUGCAAAAGUAGGUGAACAAAUUAAUAACAAAUUAAAAAAAAGCAUAUAUAAGGAAACACAGUGAGAUUGAAGAUAGGAGGAAGCGUGCUACGAAAGA